AUGCGAAUGGCCGGCAAUUGUGCCGUCGUUGAUCAACUGAAGCAGUUCUUCGAACGCUGUGCUAGGAUAGAGGAACUGCCUCAUUCGUUUGAUGAUACUCUCCUGGACAGUCUCAUUGAUAAUAUUGAUCUUAGUGACCAUCAACUGGUGGAAUUCAUCACAUCCAAAUUUUCCUCAACGGAUUUCAAUACGGCUACUUCUGUUGUGAUCUCUAUUAUUCUCCGCCUCUAUGCGAAAUACUGCCAGUCGCUGAACACUGACGACGGGAGAGUGGCUGAACAACUGGGCCGAUCAGAGAACACUAUUGGAACAGAACCGUCACAGAAGUUUCCCUGUCGAUCUCUUCACUCUUUGUACACUGCCUGUCACCAUGUUAUUUUCUGGUGUGUUUCGCAUUUACCGGAUGAACAACUCAGUAUAUUUGUGCGACGAAAAAUAGAAGAUUUCUUGUGUCUGACUGAGGAUGUUGAAGUCGAGUUGAUUCUUCCCAGUGUGGUUGACUUGUUUUGUUGUACUGAUUCUGAUUAUGUGCUUAACGGUACUGCUCGAAUACUAGUUCACUUCGCUGAUCGUUUGGAUGCUGAUCAGAUCCGAUGCAUCGUCAACACUACACAGUCAAGAGGAGUCGCCGGCGACGUCGUGUAUCAGCUGGCAGCAAAAGUACGGCCCGACAUGACGUUGGCAGACGACCUUGCACUGAAUAAGUGGCAUAAUGAGACCGCAAGGUGCCAGACAAUCAUGAAGCUGGUUCAGUCGUCUCCGAAGUGA